AGGGGCAGGAAGUGUGGGGAAACCAGGGAGGCCAGUGCAGUGUCCAGGGGAGAGAGGAUGCUAGCUAAAACAAGCAGUAAUUAGGAGAAAGAAGUGGAUAAAGGGUCAUUUGGGAUGUGAAAUAAGGCUUAGCCAUGGGUAGAGCCCAGCAUGCCUACGAGCCACCAGAUGGACAGCUACGGUGCCCCUCUUGAGAGAGGGAAGACAGCAUCCGAGACAUGGAAGACGGAAGGAUCAGCAUCACCUUGGCCGAGGACUGAGCCUCGGUGUUUGAGGUUUUAGGAAGAAGGCAAAGGCAGCAAAAGAGAGGCAGGAGUUAGGAGAAGGACAAAUGGCAGACAUGACUGAUGCUGUUGGAAGGCCACCAACAAUGAGAACAGAGACCUGGUCAAUGUGACAGCCUCAGGGCUUUGGGACCUGAGGUUAGAGUUGAGGUCAUGGUAGGCAGAGCUCGGGGCUCAGGCUGGACAGUGGCCAGAGAGGAGGGAUUUGUCCCUCUGUUCAGACAGAGGGCCCAGGAGCAGCAUGGAGAGCCAGGCAAGGGGCAUCUCCCCCUUCCCAAGCUGCCUCGGACCAGAGCUGAAGGUGAAAGUGAAAGAGAAGAUGCAGAAAAAAGGGGCCGGCAUGCUCUGAGGGAAGGUGAAAGCAAAAGGAGGAAGCUCAGUAGUGCAGCCAGAGAGAGGUCUAGGCUUCGGCCUUCCUCCCUCCGUGUUGAUCCCACUCCUCUGACCCCCUGCCCACCUGGAGAUGCAGAAGACAGCGCUAGAACCCCAAAAGGGCUUCUCCUUUGAAAACUGCGAGAGAAACGCAGCCUUGGAACGCUCCCUCCCGGGGCUCCGUGUCCCUCAUGCACGCAAGACCGGAACCACCAUCGCAGGCCUUGUGUUCCGAGACGGGGUCAUCCUGGGCGCGGAUACGCGGGCCACUAACGAUUCGAUCGUGGCGUACCAGAGCUGCGAAAAGAUCCACUUCAUCGCCCCUAAAAUCUACUGCUGUGGGGCUGGAGUAGCCGCGGACGCAGAGAUGACCACGCGGAUGGCGGCGUCCAACAUGGAGCUACACGCGCUGUCCACAGGCCGCGAGCCCCGCGUGGCCACCGUCACCCGCGCGUUGCGCCAGACGCUCUUCCGGUACCGGGGCUACGUGGGCGCCUCGCUGAUUGUGGGCGGUGUAGACUUCACCGGACCGCAGCUCUACAGCGUGCACCCCCACGGCUCCUACAGCCGUCUGCCCUUCACGGCCCUGGGCUCCGGCCAGGAUGCGGCCCUGGCAGUGCUGGAGGACCGGUUCCAGCCGAACAUGACGCUGGAGGCAGCACAGGAGCUGCUGGUGGAAGCCAUCACUGCAGGGAUCCUGGGUGACCUGGGCUCCGGGGGCAGUGUGGAUGCAUGUGUGAUCACUGGGACCAGCGCCAAGCUGCUGCGAACACUGAGCUCUCCCACAGAACCUAUAGAGAGGUCCAGACAGUACCGCUUUGCCCCUGGGACCACAGCUGUCCUGUCGGAGACAGUGAUGCCACUGACCCUGGAGCUGCUGGAGGAAACUGUGCAGGCCAUGGAUGUCGAGUGAAGUAGGCUGAGGCUUAGAGCUUGGAACAAGGAGGAAUAAACCCAGAAAACACAAA